GUAGAGAGUACUUGUUGUGGUCUGUUAUGUGUUGAGUAUUUAUUUGUGGACAUUUAAGUUUUGAAUUAUUUUUUUAAAAAUAUGAUAGCCUUCUAUGUACAAAGGAAAAAAUGAUAACAUUCGGCGCUGCGAAUACUUCCACGGCGCAAGAAGAAUCGGGUGACGUGAGAAGCAUUUGCGAGAGUGUUUGUAGUGAUGGAUCAAACGCCACAGUUCAACCAGGGGUUAAUCAAAGGCCCCGUAUGGACAUCGCAUGUGUUUUGGACGUGACCCAAACAUUGAACAUAGCUCACAGAAAACGGGCGCUGGAAGAAGUCCGUUUGGCUUCCGAACUCGUUAAUGCUAACGUACACCACAUUCACUUUGAGAAGCUAGACUUUGGUGAGACAAGUGUUUUAGACACUUUUUAUAAUGCAGAUGUGGCUCUGGUUGAUCUUAGUGUACAAUUACAACAGAGCUCGCUGUUGUAUCAUCUUGGAGUACGAGAAAGUUUUGAUAUGAAAGAAAAUGUACUUCUAUAUAACGAUGUUGAUUCUGAUGCUACCCUACGGCUGAAAAUAUCUCUACCUAACUUCCUGUUCGUAUCAUACAAACUCACCGAUGCGGGGACAUGCGUCACGACAAACCCAGCUGCUGCGAAAUUCAAAGGCGAAGAAGCUCCUGAUCCCAAGCAGCACCUUACGCUGCGGCUUAAGAAUAUACUCCAAGAUGUUGAGGUUCAAACCAAGGCACAUUUACAAGAGAAGUUCCUAUCCGAUUUACGGAAGGCCCGUGAAACAUACAGCGGCACGGAAUUGGCGAACGUUCUGCACGCAAUGCGACGGAGACUCGACGAUCCCGCUGUUUUAUCCGGAGAUACAAUACUCAAUUUGCUUAUAUCGUAUAGAGAAAUACAGGACUAUGACGCUAUAGUCCAAAUUGUUGAUGAUCUGAAAACUAUUAUGAACCGAAAGAAUUAUGUCAAUAUGCCUAUUAUAAGGUUUAUGUAUGCUUUUGCUAUGAAUAGGAGAAAUAAAGAAGGCGACAGAGAGAACGCCUUAAAAGUAUGUGUGAAGGCCCUUGAAAAGAAAGAAAACAGAUUUCCAGAUAUGUUGUGCCUCUGUGGACGCAUAUACAAGGAUAAAUUCGUAGAAUCUCAACACAGUGACUUGGAAAGCUUGACAAAUGCAAUUCAUUGGUACAGACAAGGUUUCGAAGUUCAGCCAAAUGAGUACGCGGGUAUUAAUUUGGCGACGCUGCUAGUCAUAGCUGGGAAUGAUUUCAAGAAUUCUCAAGAAUUACAGCAUAUCGGAAUGGUCCUCAAUCACUUGAUCGGUAAAAAGGGCAGCCUAUCUUCGUUGAAAGAUUAUUGGGAUGUGGCAACAUUCUUUGAAAUAUCAGUCCUCGCUCAAGAUUACGUGAAAGCAAUUCAAGCGGCCGAAUGUAUGUUUAAGUUGAAACCACCUAAUUGGUACCUGAAGUCUACUAUAGGAAAUAUUGAACUCAUUGACAGAUUUCGAAAGAAGAGCGAAGAAACUUCACCAGAACAGCAAGUGUUCUCUUUCUGGAUGGAGUUUUUUGUCGAGGCAACUAAAAGCACAUGUGAAAAUAUUAUACGUUUUCCCGUGGUAAUCUUAGAAACAACAAAAAUCUACAUGCCGUCAUAUGUCAAUGUGAAUAUGGGAGCUGAACAGAAAUCCGUCGAGAUAUUUAAUCUGUGCCUAGAUUCGAUGCGCGGUGACUGCAGACAGGUGCACCGAUGGCUGUUCACCUCUGACAUGAUAAGAACAUAUAGCCUUUAUAAACGUGACGAGCGGUGUCUAUUCUUGUACGUCAGUGAAAACUCGGACGAUUUCCAAAUAUUUCUGCCAUCGCAAGCUUUCCGUCAACACCUUCACGACCUCCUCGGAGAACUUACUGCCGAUCACGAGAAAGUCACUGAUUUAGAUACAAGUGUUAUGCAAGAUCAGUUAAAGUUUGAAUAUGAAUUGGAUGACUGUAAUAAACGAGUGGUACUCGGUAAAGGAACGUACGGAGUUGUAUACGCGGCCAGAGAUCUGAACACGCAAGUCAGGAUAGCGGUCAAAGAAAUACCCGAGAAAAACUUGGGAGAUGUCCAGCCUUUGCACGAAGAGAUAUUAUUGCAUUCACAGCUACGACACAGGAAUAUUGUACAGUACCUCGGGUCAAUCUCAGAAGACAAUUACUUCAAGAUAUUCAUGGAGCAAGUACCGGGAGGAUCGCUGUCUGCGCUACUAAGGUCCAAGUGGGGACCUCUGAAAGAAAAUGAAGCUACCAUCGCUUAUUACACAAAGCAGAUAUUGGAAGGCUUGAAAUACCUACACGAUCAGAAAAUCGUUCAUCGCGAUAUAAAAGGCGACAAUGUGCUAGUGAACACAUACAGCGGAGUCGUAAAAAUAUCUGACUUCGGUACUUCCAAGCGACUCGCGGGUCUGUGUCCGUCGACUGAGACCUUCGCGGGCACUCUGCAGUACAUGGCGCCCGAGGUCAUAGACAAGGGGCAGAGAGGCUACGGCGCUCCGGCUGAUAUUUGGUCUCUUGGAUGCACGGUGGUAGAAAUGGCUACCGGGAAUCCACCUUUUAUGGAAUUGGGGUCUCCCCAAGCAGCUCUAUUUAAGGUGGGAUAUUAUAAAAUGCAUCCAGAGAUACCAAGCGAAUUAUCGCAGAGAGCAAAGAAUUUCAUAUUGCGCUGCUUCAUACCUGAUCCUGAAAAACGUGCCACGGCUGCCGAAUUACUUGAAGAUCCAUUCUUAUGCGAAAAGAAAAAGUCGAGCAGCCGCUUAGGAAAUAGCAUAGACUACAGCCGCAGUAUCUCAGUGCCCGCAGAUAAAGUUCGACCGAGUGUCGCCCAAAAGAAGAUCUCCGAACCAAGUCUCCCCGGAAACCUGCCAAGCUCUCCGGAAAUCGAGGUUAAAACGGUCCGGUCUAAUCCAACAAUCACUAGGACUGCCUCGUCGAUGCUAUCGCCGAUACUGAUAUAUCCGCCGGACUUAUUGAACAGCAGUACAAUGCCAAAUACACCGUCAACUGAUGACAUGGACAAUAAUGAUACAAUUUUGAAUAGAAGAAGUUCUUCGGGAGGCCUGCUUUCACCGGAGGUCGAUAUGACGAACGUUCCUCGAUCGUCUAUAGAUAUAGAACACGAUGGCUUUUACUUGCUGAAGAAAGAUUCACAGCGCCGUCUCACACUUUCGCGAGUGUUAGAGCAAGACAGCGAGAAGAUCUGCUCGAAGUGGAUGCUAAGUAUACAGCAGGACUUCGGCAACACGGUGUUAACAUUGAAUCACUUGGAAACACUGCGUUGCGCGCUCAAAGAUUACAUCAUGGAUCAAAAUAGAAGUGUUAUAGAACGUGCAAUAAUAUCGCUGAAGGAAGAGUUGGACUUCGACGCCAAUGCGAUAAACGAAUUGCAUUCAGCUAUAUACAUGUUCCAAGAGGCAGUGAACGUGGUGCUGAGAAUGCAUAGCAUCAAGCCACAUUGGAUGUUCGCGUUAGAUAACUUGGUGCGGAACGCUGUACAAGCUGCGAUAACCGUCUUGUCACCCGAGCUGGGCGCCAACCUGGCGGGGCAGGAGGCGGAGCGGCGCGCGGCCGACGCGUCCCCGUCCGCGCUGUCCACCGCCACCUCCACGCGCGACCCGCUCGCGCUCGCGAUGCACCAGCUGCGCCAGGACAACCACAAACUUCAACAGGAACUUAUCGACAGCUACCAACAGUACCAGUCGUUGCUCCGUUUGAUGUUGGAAGAACAGAAAUCACAAACUCAAAUUUUAAGAGAAAUUGUCGAUAAAAAGUCAAACUGUAACGAAGCCGACCCGGAGGAAGAGUGCGACGCGGAGUCGCUGCAAGAGCUGAGCGAGUGGGCGGCGGCGCGCGACGUCCCGCAGGCGGCCGCCGCGUCGCUGGCCGCGCGCCGCUUCCGCCUCGCGGACGUGCUCGCGCACGCGCGGCGCGACGACAUCGCGCGCCUCAACCUGCUGGGCGGUGUAGAGCUUCGUCUUUGGCGGGCGAUAGUGGAACAUCGUCUUCAAGCUAACAGUUCGAAUCAUUUACGGCGAACAAGCAGCACCGAAACCGAUAUGGACACGAACUCCAUCGUAGUAGUCGAAUGUCAGAAGUGCAAGACCUCUCGCACAAUAUCAAACAAUUCUUCGUGUUCGAACAACCCAACAAUUGUUAUACGAGACCAGCAGGUGAAUGGAGACGACAGCGUGGCCGAGUAUUACACAGAGAACGGGGUCGUCAACCUUUGACUAUUGCGUGGGUGGUGCACUCUACAGUAACCUCAAGGUUGCUAACCACUGGAAAUGAUGUGGCUUUAAGUUAGGCGGUUAUAUCCACUGACUAACCGAAUCUUCCCCUUAAUGUCUUCUAAUGAGAUUUAAUAUACAAAAUUAUAAUAAUAUAAUAAUUAUAAAUGAUAUUUAAUGCUAUAUUUUUACAUAUAUUAAUCUUAUUAAAUUAUACUAUUUAUUUACAAAAAGGAAAUCGUUUCAUCACAAUAUAUAUUUUAUUAAUUUAUAAAAUAUUAUGUACUUAUAAACUUAAAGAAAAACCUAUAAGGUUAUAAAUAAAAAGUCAGUGGAAAUAAACUACGGUUUUUAAUCUUCUAAAAAGUUAUUAACCAGUUUGCAAUAUGUAACAUAAAACAAUAAUUUUUAAAAGCAAUAUUUUUACUUUAUAUUAAUAUAAUGUCAUUAAUUUAGAAGCAAUAGCGUUUGUUGUUAUAAAUGUAUUAAAUAAUGCUUUGCAGCGAAAUAUCGGAUUCACAAUCUAAUAUUUUAAAUAAAUAUCAUAAGAUCAUUACUAGACUAAACAUUAAACGCUUUGUUAUUCUUUUUAAGCAACUACGGUAUCGGUUUAUGGGAUAUUGGGCUUAAAUUGGGCAAGAAGCAAUGCUCUACAAGUUUAUAUAAAUGAUUUAAUUGAUAAGGGAAUUAAAUAAAUGUGAAAUCAAUAUUAAUCGAUAUAAAAUUCAUGAAAAUAUAUACAGUAUUGUAAAGUAUUGCUUUUAAACGAGAUGAUAGACUCUAUGUCUAUUCGGAAUGAGACUUAGAUCUUACUAAAAAAUGUUGAAAGAAAAUUUAUAAAAAAAAUAAUCAAUUACAAAAAAAUCUACUAAAACUUCUCUGUUAAAAAUAUACAAAUUUGCAUCACGGUUGGUUUUUGCCAUCCACAUUAUCGUCUUCACACCUAAGCCGUUUCUUAAAAUAGCUACAACUAUUAUAUAAUAAGCUUUUCACAAAUAACCGCUUAAAGCCUUGAGUGUAUCACCCUUAAUAUUGUAUAUACAAUAAAUACGAAAUAUAUUUACAUUACUAGUCUUGUAAAUAUUUUCUUAUAUACGUCAUAAUAAGCAAUUGCUUUUUAAGGCUAAGCGCAGAAAUACGGUGCUAAAUCAUGUGAUUCAUAGCGAUGUGCCUUUGAUGAAUACGCUUUACAUUUAAACAUAUAAAUAUAAUAUAAUAAUUAUGGAAGGAAGGUAACGAGGACAAUGAUUCCGGGCAUAUAACUUAAGUUGCGUAAAUAUUAUAUAUGUCACUGAAAGUUUCUAUUGAUAUUUUUGCUCGAUUACGUAAUCAUUCAAUACACUCUUCUUAAAAAUUAACACUAAUUCUAUAUCAACUAUUUCCUUGUGGCAUAUUGUGUUGCUUAUAAGCGUUUUUUUCUGUACUUAUUAAACUAUUAUCCUACGCAUUUAAGUGUCCUUUACAAAUAAUGCCCUAUUUUAGAGAUAGUUCUCCUUACCUUCACUAAUUAUACAUAUAAUGUAUACGAGACAAGUGCAUAUGAACUGUAUUUGUAUUUAUAAGUACUGCUUAAACCUUUGAUUGGACUAUCUAGUUAAAUAUUUUGACUUUAUAAUAUUAUUAUUUAUUUUUUGUAAUCAAACACAGAAUCUUAUUUUAUUAAUGUUUCACUAAAAGUAUUUAAAUCAAAUCAAACAAGUUCAUUAUUUAUCAAAUAAAUAAUGUAAUAAAAAUAGAACAGUAAGUUUAAUUAAAUUGAAUUCUACUUAUCUUCCAAAGAGCUAUUGUUUUUAAGUUUAUUUGCUUCUUUUAUAUACAUACAUCACACAUGCAUAGAACGCGCCGUUUGGUACGCGUGUUUAUACAUCUGUGUGCAUUUUAUUAGUAUGUAUGUAUUUUAUUAUGCACUUGUUUCGAUAACACAUUAUAAAUAUAUGAUGCGUUAAGACUUAAUAUAAAGUAUAUUCUUAUUAUUAAUAUUUUUGGUUUGUCACUAAAUAAUAUUAAAUUUUUUUUUUUAGUUUUUGUGCCAUAAAUACAUUGUUCUAAUAAUAACGUAGUUAUUUAAUUUGAUUUUAUAUUUGCUAAAUAUUAUAAUUAUGUUAAUUGAUAGUUGAAGCUUAGUGUUUAAUAAAAAUUGAAUAUUUCGUUUUUGAACGUAUAUUUUUUUCUAAAUUGACAUUACAUAUGGCGGUUAUUUAAAUUUCGAAUAUAUGGUAAGUCCUUUUUACUAAUGUUUACUCGCUUAUAACACAAUUUUAUUGUGAAAUUAUGGAUUUUUUUUUCUUUAAAUUAUGUAAAAAGAUUUUUAUCAGGCAGCUAUGUCGUGUUUUCGAAAAUUAAAAAAAAAUUAACACAAUGUGUAAUACUAAAGAAUAUCAUGUAUAAAAUAAUAAAACAGAGGCUUUGAAAUUAUAUAAAAGCAUUUCAUAAAAAAAAAGUUUUUUAUAUUCUUAUCACUAAACUAUACAGCCAUUUAAUUUAUAAUUUUACAGUUUUUCUAUAUAAUUAUUUAUAAUACAUUAAAAUGAACAUAAUACCUGUUUUACUUUAAAUUACAAAGUUAAUAAGUGUUAAAUGAAUAAAUGUUACAAAAUUAUCUAAAUUAUAUGCUAAGUCAGAGUUUUUAUGUCACAUGUAUUUUGAUAUACACCAUUAUAUUGUUAUAAAUAAUAUAGAAGGAGUAUAAGAUGCAUGACCACAUAUUCGGUAAGAAAUAUGCGUAGCAUAGCGUAGGUAAGCAUUAAUCUAACAAUACUCAAUAAUACUGUUGUGAAGUACAAAAUAUAUAAUAUUAUAAAA